AUUCAACACAAUCCCUAUCAAAAUCCCAGCUGGCUUCUUUGCAGAAAUUGACAACUGAUCAGAAUAUGUACAAGGAAAUUCAAUGGACCCAGAAUGGCCAAAACAAUCAUAAAAAUGAAGAGCAAAGUUGCAGGACUUACACUUCCUGAUUUCAAAACUUACUAUAAAGGUACAGUAAUCAAGACAGUGUUGCACUGUCAUAAAGACAGACAUAUAGGUCUUUGUGCAUGUGCGGGGUGAAACAGGAAGGUGAAGAUGGCAGCAACCAGGGCAGGGGUCCUGGGAGUCUGAUGGCUGCAAAGGGCAGCCCGAAACAUGGUGCUGAUGGGUGCACGGACAGGCAUGGUGACUACCUGAAGCUCCCUGACCACUCACAGCAGGAGAGGGAUCCAUGGUAUGACUGGGACCACCCAGACCUGCAGUUGAACUGGGGUGAACCGAUGCACUGGGACCUAGAUAUGUAUAUCAGGAACCGUGUGGACAUGUCUCCCACUCCUGUUUCUUGGAAUCUUAUGUGUAAGCACCUCUUCGGCUUUGUGGCCUUCAUGCUGUUCAUAUUUUGGGUAAGGGAGACUUACCCCACUUACCAGCCUGUGGGGCCAAAGCAGUAUCCUUACAACAAUCUGCAACUGGAACGUGGUGGCAAUCCCAACAAAGAACCUGAGGUGGUGUUUCACUAUGAGAUCUGAGGAGGCUUCGUGGGCUUUGUGCCCCCUAACUGACUCCUUUAAUCCUAGAGAUUUUACCUUAAUGAAAUACUUAAUAAAACUUAGUGCUGUGGUAAAAAAAAAAAACAAAAAAACAUGUAUAGAUCAAUAGAGUAGAAGUGAGAAUACAGAAAUAAUCCCUCACCUUAGGGUCAAACAAUUUUCAACGAGGAUGCCAAGACAAUCCAAUAGAGGA